AUGUUUAUUAUUUCUCUGGAAAUCGUCAAGGCAGGAAGCACGGAGUCUGGCGGAAGCCAUUCGUUCGCACGAAUUUUUCACUCGCUUUUCCGACUAAACCGUACCGGGGGGAAAUUCUGGUUAGCGUCGCAGCCAAAACAAACCGAUUCCAGCAACGUGCAGAGCAUCGCCGAUAAUCGCUCGUUUAGUGGGUGCAGCAACAACGGCAGUUGUAAGUGUGUGUAUAUCCGCGUGUGUGUGUUUUAUGUGAUUGUGUGUACAAACGUGUUCAGUGACAAUUAGUAGCAUCCCUGCGAAGCAAUAAGCCGAUUGUUUCUCCACGGAAAAGAAAAUCUUGCGAGUCGUUUUUCUUUCACCCCAGUGAAAAAGGGUGAGAUAGUUGGGUUUUUUCCACGCUGCGCAGUGCUUUCUUUCGUUUUCUCACGGCUCACCGCAAUUCUGCUCACUGUCAUAUCAACGGGUCCUUCCUGCGAACGCGACACACAAAGCAGGCGUGUGCCGAAAAACACCCGAAAACCCGAGCAAGUGUGAGACGAGUACGAGACCCCUCUAUUCACACGUUGCGGAGGCGCAAGGAUAUCGCUAAAGGACGCUUGAAUGUUUGACACGAUGAUGCAGCAAGCCGUAUCGAUUAAAGCUGAACCGGACUGGAGUGACCUUCUGGUGCCGGAACCGGAUAAUCGCGCGCAAUACGCACUCGAGAACGUUAUUCGCCAGCAGCAGCAACAGCAACUGUUGCAACAACAGCAACAGCAGCAACAACAACAGCAACAGCAGCAACAACAACAACAACAGCAUCACCAGCAACAGCAGCAGCAGCAGCAACAACAACAGCAGCAGCAAUAUCAUUUGCGCAACGGAGGCGGCGGAAGCCUGGCGCAAAAUGCGAACAAUCCGGCCGCAAUCGUGAACGGAGCGGCGGCAGCCGGAUCCAGCGCUAGCCAACAGUCGGGCGGUGCGGCCAGCGAAGACAACGAACCGCUGGACAUCAUCGAAGCGAUCGGUGAUUCGGAUGACAACGAUUUUGCCGAGGCAGAAUCGCUGACCCUGCAGCAAUACAAGAAAGAUGAAAAACUGUGCGAUUACUACCGCCGGAUGCCGGUGCUGUACGACAAAAGCCACCCGCACUACAAGUUCCAGUCGAAGAAGGAAAAGGCCUGGCGCGAGCUGAGCCGGCUGUGCGAGAUGGACGUGGAGCAGUGCAAGAAGCGCAUGACCUACUUCCGGUGCCGGUUCACGGUCGAGCGGCGCAUCAUGAAGAAUGGCGUCAAUUGCAGCGAGUGGCCACUGCUCGAGAAGCUCAAGUUUCUCAACAAACACAUCAAAAUCCGGAGACCGCGUGCCCCGAACGGCGAACCGGACGAUACCGAUGACGAGACAAACCCUAUGAACAUACUGCGAAAGCGGCAGCGCGAACAGCAGGAGGACGUAAAGGACGAUCUGCACGCGUACCUCGACCUGCAGCAGAUGGCGGUGGCGGCCCAAAACUCCCAAGCUCAACUUCACUACCAGCAGCACCUGAAGCUGCAGGGCCACGGACCGUUCGGUGCACCGCCCGGUGCCGGCUUCCCGUCCGCGCACGACCCCAUGUCUCUGCACCAUCUGCAGCCACCGCACCCGCACCAGCGCGACCAUCAGCUGCCGCCCCCGCACAGCAAUCAGCCGGGCGGCGGUGGUUCCUCACAGUCCGGCGCCGGCCAGCAGCAGGUCUCACACGCCGGCCACCACCACCACCAUCCGUUCGGGCGGGGCGGAAUGGCAGGCGGGGCCGGCGGCGCUCACCAUCAACAUCAUCAUCCACACGCGCCGGGCGGCGGUGGUGGAGCGGCUGGCAGUAGUGCAGCCGCCGCAGCCGCCCUACAGCAUGGUGCCGGAGCAGGCGUUGCCCCCGGGUCCGCCCAUCCCCAUCACCAUCAGCAGCCGACACCGGUCGAAUCGCCGAUACCGGCCGCCAUGUCCAACGUGGAGGUAUCGUACGGCCUACCGAAACGGGCCCGCGUCAGCUACGACGGUGACGAAGCCUCACUGUCCAACUUUAACCUCAACCGCACGGUCAAGUAUCAGAACAACCUGGAGCAUCAGGCGCACCUGGACGAGCACGGCGCCUACGGGCUGUACGUGGGCGAAGUGUUGCGCAAGCUGCCGGAACGAAUAUCCUCGCUAACCUCGCUCAAGAUCAUGCAGCUGCUGUACGAGGCUCAGGUCCAGUCGUUCGACGCAGCACCGUCGGCCACACCAAAGUCAUCCUCCGCCGCACAACAGUCCAAAGUUGGCAAUGGCGAAACCAAUGGUACGACGGGUGGUAGUGGCGGAGCGGCCACCUCUUCCACUGGCAGCCUUCCGAACGGUGGUGGCGGCGCUACCAGUGUCGCCUCGUCCGAGGGUGGCCGCCAGUCGACGGAAAGCGCCGAAUCGAUGAGCAACAAGGACUAGGCCAUAGCCCUCCCGUCCACUGCCGCUUGCCCACCACCACCACCACCACCACCACCAUCAACUACCCCGUCGGCGGCGUCCCUGGUGCACUGGUGGUAGUGAACGUCGCAGAGGUCUCGCAUCAUGCUUUCACACACACACACACGGUAUUGGGGGGAAAAAGCCAGAAACCAGCAACCAUAAGCAAGGAAGCAACGAAACAUGAUUGUUUCUUUCACACUCAGCAGCAACAACCCGCAGCUAUUAUUAUUAUUUGAGUGUGUCUGGUUAACACCACACACACACACUCCUCUGUCAUCAUCCAUCACCAUCACACCAUCACUAAUUGUAAUGAUAAUGUAGCUAAAAACUAUUGCUAGGAAGCGUUUAGUUUCAGUUUUGUGUAGGUUUAAUUGUACUGUCUAAAGUAAACUUUACUUUUUUUAUUAUUAUCGAGCAAAAGCGAGAGAUCACUCUCAGCAGCCGCAAAUUUGACGCACGGGCGGCGCGUAUCGUUCGGACCCGGUGCUAGCCAUCCUUCAAUCCAGUCAUUGCGUAAUGUGUCCUCUGUGUUCCACCCGUUCCAAAAAGAGUCGUGGUUUUGUGGGGUGCUGUGGAAAAGACCCACUCAGCCUUCUGCUGAUAGCAAAACAACGCACCACUGCUUCCUAUCCCGUACCACAGCUUACUUCAGCUAGCGUCCGCUAGGUGUCGCCACUAGCUGCGUAGGAGAAAGUUUGAACGAAAAUACGCUGUUUGCUGUUCAGUUUGUUGUGUUAUUUGCAUUUCAGUUUUGAGAUUCUUGCAACUGGAUUUUAGAGAGCGUGUAAUACUAACGAGUACGGAGACGGAUCAGGUUUUCUGCAGGCACUCGAAGUGCUUGUUUGUUUCUUUGGUCGUCAACAGGAAGUAUAUACAUGUAUAUAUACUCAAGGAAAGAUGAUGAACAAUUAUUGAACUUUUAAGCUACUGACCCUUUGUUCGAGGGGAGCGAAUCAUGUUUUCCGCGUAGACUUUCCCGUUCGUAUCAUUAAGCCACACACACGCGGCCUCCUACAAACCGUGGUCUGGCCGUUUGCACAGUGCGCUUAGGGCCUAGAGCUAUAAGUGUAGCUAGGAGAACACUAGCUCCUCAGUCAUGGCGCACCGUUGGGCCUGCUUUUUAUGCAUGUGUGUGUGGGGUUGAAUAAUUUCAAACCGACGGGCGAAGAAUACAUAUAUAAAUAUGAGUAUGAAAAAAAAACGUGAACACAAAACACCCAGAAAAAACCAAUCAAUACCUUUUCUGUCCUAGGUUUAGCAGCCAAACGAGUAAUGAUGAAUGUUGCAAAAGGUAAACUGUGUAAGCAUAUUAUAAUAAACUCGACUCGCAUAAGGAAAGCAGAACGAAUGUGGAAGAGCAAAAGGAAGGGGAAAAUGUGUUGCUCGAUGUGUUGGUGUAGCGUUGGGAGAAAGGAGGAGAGAAGAGCGCGGAAGAAGGGAAGAGGGUAGAGAUUCAGAUUGGGCAGGAAUAUGAGGCAAACAAAUAGAUGAAACAAAGAAAACUAAACAGCAAACGUAAUACAAUAAAUGUUUCAAAACAUCAUUAAAACAA